AUGCAUAUUCAAGCAUGGCGUGAAAGUUUUCACGGAGCGGAGGACAGUUUUCGUAUGGCGACUUCCACAACGGAUCUAGCGAACAUUACAAAUGGAACCUCGAAUAAAACUAGCGAAGAUCUAUCGGGAUACAACCAAAUCGAGAGCAUUGUAAUAUCGAUUCUAUUCGUCUCUAUCAUUUUGGGCACGAUUGUCGGGAAUAUUCUAGUUUGCGUAGCUGUUUGCCUGGUGAGGAAAUUAAGACGACCCUGCAACUACCUUUUAGUGAGCCUGGCCGUCAGCGAUCUGUGCGUGGCGAUUUUAGUGAUGCCUAUGGCCGCCUUCUACGAAAUCAACGGCAGAUGGAUAUUCGGCGAGAUAAUGUGCAACCUUUGGGUGAGCUUCGACGUGCUCUCGUGCACCGCCUCCAUAUUGAAUCUGUGCAUGAUCAGCGUGGAUAGAUACUACGCCAUCACCAAGCCGCUGGAGUACGGGGUCAAAAGGACGCCCAAACGGAUGAUAUUAUGGGUGAUAUUAGUGUGGUGUUUCUCGGCGUGCAUCUCCCUGCCGCCCCUUCUCAUACUCGGUAACGAACAUUCGGAGAUGACCGAGAGCGGCGAGAAACGGUUCGACGUUUGCUUGGUGUCCCAGGACAUCGGUUAUCAAAUUUACGCGACCAUGUGCAGUUUUUACAUACCGUUGACCGUCAUGAUGUUAGUGUAUUACAAAAUAUUCCGCGCCGCCAGGCGAAUAGUCAACGAGGAGAAGCGGGCGCAGAGCCACCUCGAGAACCACUGCUAUUUGGAGAUAAGCGUCAAAAACGGCGACGGCCCGCCGGAGAAUAAGAUCUCCAGCCAGACGCCCUCGCCUGCCAAUCCCGCCAGGGGGAAUCACAGGAGCAGCAGCGCCAGCACGAAUACAGUGUUCCUUCUCUUACAGUGCAGCCUAGACAAAACGGGCCUCGGCAGGUGUUUCAAAUCGCGCCACAGCAACGAAUCCCAAUGCCCGAUGCUCUCGAACAAAACCGCCGCCGGCAAAUUGAAGCACGGCCGAGACGCCGCCGCCGCCGGCCACCCCAAGCAGUCCUUCAUGGCCACGCUGAAGACGUCGCCGUCGACCACCAGCCACCAGAAGAAGCUGCGCUUCCAGCUGGCCAAGGAGCGCAAGGCCAGCACCACGCUCGGCAUCAUCAUGUCGGCGUUCACCUUCUGCUGGCUGCCGUUCUUCGUGCUCGCCCUCAUCCGGCCCUUCUUGGAGACGACCAACGCCCUCAAGACGCUCGCCACUCUGUUCCUCUGGCUGGGCUACGCCAACAGCUUGCUCAAUCCCAUCAUUUACGCCACGCUUAAUAGGGAUUUCAGGAAACCGUUUCAGGCGAUCCUGUACUGCCGGUGCGGCAGCCUGAAUCACAUGAUGCGCGAGGAGUUCUACCACAGCCAGUACGGCGAUCCGGAUCACAACGUCAAUCGUUGUCACAUAGACUACGAGGAAGGCGUCGAAUACAUCGAGGCCGACGGCGAGGAAGUCAAAGUGCCCGAUACCGACGCCUCCGCACGCGAAUCGUUUCUAUGA